AUGUGCGAAGAUUCUCGAGCACUCCUUGAUGAACUUUUUGGAAAGGAGAGAAAUGUGAUUGCGAGUAAGAGGAAAAAUGAUGCUCAUUAUUGGAAUGAUGAUGUGUGCAAGAAUAUACUAGUUUCGAAGUGUUUCAAUGAUCUUUGGAAGCAUACAAAGUAUGAUCAUGAGGGAGAAUGCAAUAAGAGACAUGAUCAAUUCUUCAUAAAUGAAUUCAACAGUGACAGGAGUCUGAAGAAGCAAUAGAGAGAGAAGAAAUACAUAGAAGAAGCGAUAGCCUACAUCCAAGACAAGUUGAAGGAAGUAGACAAGAUAUUGACCAAGCAUGAAGAGUAAGUUGAAUAAUCAAGCAAACUGUAAGUGGCGGAUAGACCCAAGGAAAUUUAAGAUAGACUUGACAAUAUGGAAAGAUAGAUUAAUCUAUUGACAGAUUAGAGUGAGAAGAUGGGGGAAUAAGGAAAAAUAGACGAGUCAGAAAGAUUGAUCAUGGAGGCAGACAAUUUAAAGAAGGCUCGAGAAGAUGUAUUACUUGCAUAUGAGGGUACAAACAAUCCAUUUAAAACAUAUAAAAUUUGUGAGGUGUGUGGGGCAAGACAAUCUCUCUAUGAGACAGAGAAUAAAGUCAAAACACAUCUAGAUGGAAGAAUACAUCAAGGGUUUUCAACAAUUAGAGUGGAAUUACAAAAGUUGCAGGUUCGUAGAUUGGUUUUGGAGAAGAUAUUGGAAGAGGAAGCUCGGAAGUAGGAAUUCAAGGAGGAUAUUGCAAAGGAUAAGGAGUAGGAGAGAGAGAAGUAGAAAGAUAAGAAGGAAAAGGAGAGAUCAAGGAGUAGAGAGAAUUCAAGAGAGAAGAGUAAGAAAAAAAGCAGUAAAAAGAAGAAUAAAGAUAAAGAAAAAGAAAAAGAAAGGAGUAAGUCAAGAAAACAUAGCAAGAAACACCACAAGUAUUGAAAUAUAACAGUCAAUAUAUAUAUAUAGUUAUUUGUGUUAAAUAAUAUUUUACAUUCCUU